GGACACUUCUUUUCUCUCACACCCUCUCUUCCCUCGCUUGUUUCCUCAUUCCCAUCCUCAUUCCCAUCUUCAUUCCCAUCCUCAUCCCCACCCUAUUCAUCUCAACCAUGCCAGUCUCCCAGCAGAGCAACAAGACAGUCCUCACUCAUCCCUUGGGUGCUUCGGCUGAGGUCCAUUUCUUUGGUGCUACCCUCACCUCUUGGAAGGUCGCCAGCGAGGAGCGCAUCUUUCUUAGCGAAAAGGCCGUGCUUGACGGAUCAAAGGCCAUUCGUGGAGGAAUCCCGCUUGUUUUCCCAGUGUUUGGCAAGGGCAAGGCCCCUCAUGUCACCGCCAGCCUCCCUCAGCAUGGAUUCGCAAGAAUCUCGCGCUGGAGGCUCGUCAACUCUUCUGAGGACGCGCAUACCGUCACAGCCCAGUUUGGUCUGGAUCACAACAUGAUCUCGGAGGAACACCGCAAGAUGUGGCCCUUUGAUUUCUCCCUGGUUUACACCGUCAAGUUGGGCGCAGAGACCAUCGAGACCCAUCUGAAGAUCCAAAAUACUGGUGAUCAGGCCUUUGAUUUCAACACACUUCUGCAUACCUACUUCUUGAUUCCUGAUGAAUCUAAGGUCCGGGUGAUUGGACUGAGCGGUGUCGACUAUACGGACAAGGUUCAGCAGAAGACCUCCCGACAGGAAGGCGAGGUCGUGGUCCGUGGCGAGGUUGAUAGUGUCUACGCGAAUGUCCAGACGGCCGACAUCCAGAUCCAGUACGGUGGUGAAGAUGGAGGGGUCCAGCUGCACAGGAAUGGAGUGAAUGAUAUCGUGGUGUGGAACCCCUGGACGGAAAAGGCCGCGGGUAUGGCUGAUUUUGGAGAUGAGGAGUAUCAUCGGAUGAUUUGUGUCGAGGCUGGACAGGUCGCUGAGUUUAUCGCUCUUGCUGCUGGUGGUUCCUGGGAGGGCAGCCAGGUUCUCAGUCUUUUGUGAAUAUGGAGGCGUUGACAGGAUGGUGGUAUCGGUUGAUUGCUUUGACCUGUAAAUAAAUAAAAAAAA